UUUACUAUUUAUUACACUUUCUUUUUUUUUUUUCAAUUUUUUUUUCAAAAAGAAAUGAGUUCUAAAAAAGUAGGUAUCCUUGGUGCUACUGGUACAGUAGGUCAGCGCUUUAUUCUUUUAUUAAGUGAACACCCAGUUUUUACAAUCCAUGCUUUGGGAGCUUCCUCUCGUUCUGCUGGUAAAGCUUACAAAGAAGCUGUACGUUGGAAGCAAGCUCGUCCUAUUCCUGAUCAAGUCGCUAAUAUGAUUGUUAAGCCUUGUGAUGCUGAAUUAUUUAAAGAUUGUGAUGUUGUUUUUUCUGGUCUUGAUGCUGAUGUAGCUGGAGAAAUUGAAAUGGCUAUGUUGAAGCAAGAUAUUGCUGUAUUUUCAAAUGCAAAGAAUUAUCGUCGUGAUCCUGUAGUUCCCUUGAUUGUCCCCACUGUAAAUAGCGAUCAUUUUGAUCUUGUACAUCAUCAACGUGAACUUUACAACCUCAAGAAGGGCUUUUUGAUCACAAAUGCCAACUGUUCCACAACAGGACUUGUUGUACCCUUGAAGGCACUUCAAGAUGCUUUUGGACCAAUGACACAUAUCAUUGUUAAUACUCAACAAGCUAUUAGUGGAGCUGGUUAUCCUGGUGUUCCCAGUCUUGAUAUUCUUGAUAAUGUUGUACCUUACAUUGGAGGAGAAGAAGAAAAGAUGGAAUGGGAAGUUGGAAAGAUCAUGGGUGCUGUAGCUGCUGAUAAAAAGUCCUUUGAACAUUUACCAAAUACUGUUGUCUCUGCUACUUGUACUCGUGUUCCUGUCUUGGAUGGACAUCUUGAAAGUGUCUCUGUCAAGUUUGCUAAUGGCUGUCCCGAUAUUGAAAAAGUCUAUGAAGUAUUAGAGAAUUAUAAAUCUGAAGCUGAAAAAUUAGGAUGCCAUUUAGCACCUUCUAAACCUAUUGUCGUUACUCGUCAACAGGAUCGUCCACAACCUCGUUUGGAUCGUGAGAAUUUGAAAGGACAAGCUGUUACUGUUGGACGUGUUCGAAAGUGCCCUGUAUUAGAUAUUAAAUUUGUCCUUUUAGUUCAUAAUACUGUACUUGGAGCUGCUGGUUCCUCAGUUCUUAACGCAGAAAUCGCAGUAGCUAAAGGAUUGAUUUAAAUGUUGAAAAUCUUGAAAUAGAAUAAAAUAGAAUUUUGCAUGAAAACGACUAUAAUUUAUGUGUUGUAUGUAUGUGUGUGUUUUUUUUAAUUUACGAUGAAUUGUUACACUUACUACAUACAACAGCUGUACUGGAUUUUAAAAUGUUUGCAUUAUU